ACAAUAAAUGCGCUUCAAGUCCUACCACAGCAACCUGGCCGUCGUCCCUCGUUUUUUACUAUAGUAAGAGAGGGAGAAAUGAAUAUGAAAAAUCGGAGCUUGAAUCCCGGCUGGCCUCUUAUUCAUGUCCACUGUAGUUCUUCAAUUUCCUGUCUUCGUUCCCAUUCUUUCUGUCAAUUCUCUAUUAAGGCUUCUUAUAUUCCAUUAUGUUCUUUGGAGCAUUUGAUAGCAUUCCCAUUCAAUCUCGGAUUGACCCUUUCAAUCCCCUUUCUCUAUCUCUCUCCCACCUCAAGAGGUUGGGGAUUAUUUAAACAUUUCUUUCUCCCUUUCAAGAAUUAAUAAUCGUGAUUGUCUGUUCUCUUGAUAUUUUCGUCGAUGGAUCACACAUUUCAUCGGCGAGGGCUUGUGAUUAAUCAUCCCGCCUGGAUUUUAUUUUGUAUGGAAGUAACUCCUUUCAAUUACUUCUGGUAUUCUGGGAAUAAGUGUCUUCAUAUGUAUUAACUUGUUGCACAGUCAAAUGCUCCACCUCCUGGUUACUUUAUGCCAUUGGAAAAGCCAAGUGUAGACGACGAAGAUAUUUAUACAAAAAAGAAAGCAAGGAUGAGGAGAUGGUUGUGUUGCGUAUCACAAGUGGAUGAAUCUUACCCUUGCCAUGAAACUGAGCUCCUUAAAAGCCCCACUAAGCAUUCUGAUGGACGUCAAAAAGGUUCAAAAGUUCCAAGUCCUGUCAAAGCUCAAGCGAAGAGGGCAAUCCCACCUAUUGAGGUGCCCGCUUAUCCUCUAGACGAGCUAAAGGAAAGAACUGGCAAUUUUGGAUCAAAAGCUUUAAUUGGUGAAGGGUCUUAUGGAAGAGUGUACUAUGCAACUUCAAAUAACGGAAAAGCCGUGGCUGUGAAGAAAUUAGAUGAGUCAUCCGUUCCUGGGCCAGAUGCUGAGUUCUUAACCCAGGUUUCUAUGGUUUCAAGGAUCAAACAUGAAAAUCUUGUUGAGCUGCUUGGUUACUGCGUGGAACGAAAUCACCGCGUGUUGGUAUAUGAAUUCGCAACCAUGGGAUCUUUACACGAUGUUUUGCAUGGAAGGAAGGGGGUGGAAGGGUCACAGCCUGGCCCGCCACUUGAUUGGAUUCAACGAGUAAGGAUUGCUGUUGAUGCCGCAAGGGGACUCGAAUGGUUGCAUGAGAAGGUCCAACCGUCUGUAAUACAUAGGGACAUCAGAUCGAGCAACAUCCUUCUCUUUGAUAACUUCAAGGCAAAGAUUGCAGAUUUUAACCUGUCUAAUCAACCUCCCGAUAUGGCUGCAAGGCUGCAUUCCACUAGAGUUCUCGGAACGUUUGGUUAUCAUGCGCCAGAAUAUGCAAUGACGGGACAUCUAACACAGAAGAGUGAUGUAUAUAGCUUCGGAGUUGUGCUGCUUGAACUUUUGACAGGAAGAAAACCUGUAGAUCAUACUAUGCCUCGUGGACAGCAAAGCCUUGUCACAUGGGCCACCCCAAGAUUGAGUGAAGAUAAAGUGCAUCAGUGUGUAGAUCCGAGGCUCAAAGGAGAAUACCCUCCCAAAGCUGUAGCUAAGAUGGCGGCAGUUGCAGCGUUGUGUGUACAAUACGAAGCAGAAUUUCGUCCCAAUAUGAGCAUUGUUGUGAAGGCUCUCCAGCCACUAUUGAGGUCCCAGGUUCCUGCUCCAGGAAUGCAAUAUAUGUCAUAAACGAAGUUCCACAAGCACAUGUAUCUCUCUGAUGUUAUCAUUAUAUACAAGGACAACAGAAUUCAUAUGAAUGUUUCUCUGCAGGACUGGGCUCAAGAUUCCAGUCUUUCAUGGAUGAACCCUGAUAUUGACCUGUGGCAAUUCUUUUCCAUUUUCGGUGCUCAUAAUUUUUCUCCAAUUACUCUUCUGUAUAUCAUCAGUAUUACUGAGUAUCUAUUCAUUUUCUAUGUUAACUCUUUGUUGGAGUUGAGAAAUGCUUUUAUUAAGAAAUGCAUUAUGAGAGAUGGCAUUUAAAG